AAUUGUUUCAAGCCAGUGAGCAGUCAGCUAAGCGGAUAAACCUCUGACCCAGUCCAAUUAGGUGCACUUUAGCAAUUAAGCCGAGGCUAAUAUGAGUUUGCUGCAGAAGACGCAAGAAACCUCUUAAUAAUGUAGGGUAUGGUGUGGAACAGGAUACAACGUAUUUUAGGCCUUGUUAUAAAGGCUUGAUAUGCAAUGGAAUGUCAUGAAAUGCAAAUAAAGACAGUAACUAUGCGUGCUCUGGCAAUCAGGGUUGUUUCCUUGCUAGGCCUGAUCUGUCUCAUUUCAUGGGAAGUAUGGAAGGCUGGAGACAUGUUCAGUACACUGAAAGAUCAAUUCGCUGGUGGAGAUAUUGAAAAGCAAUUCAUGAAGAUUUCUUUGGAACUGGAGGAGAACGAGCUUCCAGCAUUCUCUCAAGCUGCGGACAUCGAAAAUGCAAUGAUGCAGAGAGCAAGAAAACAGAACCUUGUCAAGCAUUGCCACAAGCGAAACCGGACAGAAAUAUACCCUGCAGGACAGAAUCAAAUCACCGGAUUAAACCGAGCAGCAUUCCGGAAUAUACUAGUGAGCGACAAAAAUCAGCUUCUCUACUGCAUGGUCCCAAAAGUGGCUUGUUCAAACUGGCGGAGAGUUCUGCUGGUUCUCGAAGGCUACAUUCAAGAUCCACAGGCAUUGGAUUCUACUGACGUUCAUAACAAUACAUUUGGACUGCUUAGACCGUUAUCUGACUAUUCUUCGGAUGAGAUAAUAUUCCGUUUGUCUACUUACUACAAAUUCAUGUUUGUUCGCAAUCCAAUAGAAAGACUUACUUCAGCAUUUCGUAGCAAAUUUGUCGAGAGUCGGGUCGCCUUUUUCCGGGAGGUAUUCGGUAAAUACAUUUUGGAACGGUACAGGCCUGAUACGCCAACUGACCAGGCUACUAAGGGCGAUGGGGUAACCUUUCGAGACUUUGUACAAUACGUUGUCGAUUCGCCUCCAGAGCACCCAGAUUACGUGAACGCGCACUGGGAGCGGUACGACAGGCUGUGUCUGCCUUGUCUGAUUUACUACGAUUACAUCGGAAAAUUCGAGACGAUGGACGACGACGCCGAUUAUCUUCUCCGACUAAUCGAUGCAAAGUCGAAGGUGUCUUUACCAAGACUCAAAUCGAACUACCGAGUACCGACAAAGGCUUUAAGCAAUUUCUACUUUCGCAGUUUGAGCAGCGAUUUACAAGAAAAGCUAGUGAAAACAUAUAAACAUGACUUUGAGAUGUUUGGCUACAAAAAGCCAACAAUUACUCAUGACAAAAAAAGGAAGUGACGAACAAGGAAUGAAGUGAUGAACAAUCGUUAAACUGUAUUACUGCAGUGCCAAGGUUUGUCAUUGCAAUAUGAGCCUGAGCAAAGUAUAUUGAAACAUUUCUCGACGAGAAACACAAGAUGGAUCUCCAGCCGGUCAUUUAUCGGUCAUCCAAUCUGCAAAAAGUCAAGAAAGGAGAAAAUCUUUUCCCGUCUGUCAAACCGAGUAAAUUCUAUAAAUCUUUAAAGACCCUCGCAGAGGCAAGAAACUUCCAAUAGGUUUUUUCGCGAGAAACAAAGUUUGGGACCAUUCCAUCAAAAAAGGUGCUUCAAAUAAGGUUGUUAUUUAUCAUUUCAAACUCAACAUUAUUUGCACGAUAUUCUUAUCAAUGACAGAAUAACAAGUACUGUGCUUUUGAUCUAAAUGAACAAAUGCAAUGCAAUUUUGGACCAUAUAGUCGUGUUAUUUACACAGCUUUGCGUAAACCACUGCUCCUGACGUCACAAGGCCACACAGGCAUGCACAUUUCUUCCUGAAACCACCAGAUAGGAUCAAAGUUACCUUUAUUUGCAAUAAAAGCACCCUAUCAGUAGUUGACCUCUCCUCUUCUGCCAAAUCCUGCAACUCCAGUUUAUGACUCAAUCCAAUGGAAUAAGCCUGGUGAUCAUAAGUUUGUUUUUAAUCUUUUGAACAGUAUGUACAUUAUAUUAACUACAAUGUUUGCAUUUAAACAAUACAAUUGAAUUACGAGGAAAGGAAAAUGUGAAGCAGCGAGCUCAUACUUUGGCGAUUUGCACUAUAUAUCAGUCCAGUUCAGUUCAGUCCAGUUUAGUUCAUUUCAUUUGCCUUCAUAUGAAGGAGAUCUAAGAUUUCAGAGUUUGAAUAGUUGCUUUCCGAUACUGGAAAUGGCGAAAAACUUUCCAUCAGUUUGAGCCAAAUUGCUUGAAGGAACAGCCGCCGGGCUAGGCCAAAGACAGUAUGCGGUUUACAAUGUACUUGCUCGCCAGAUCAACAUUGCCUGCAAUGUAUCGUUGUAUUCAUUUUAAAGUUGCAGUGUUUGCUAUCAGAGUUACUUUUCAGACCCUUCAAAACUUCGAGGAAGCAAGCAAUUCACGGCAAACGUGCGCCGAACAUGAACACGACACUGGUUUGUCAGGUUUUUUAUUUAAUGUUCUCGAAACUUCAGAAGCAUCAAAAUAGAGCUGUUAGGAUCAUCAAGAAUAGCAGUUUUAAUGAUUCAGAAUCUAGGCCGGAAACAGUCAAUGAAAUGGUGAAACACGAUAGCAGGACGAUUGUAUAAAAAUCUUUUACACAUCCUCCCUCCCCCAUAAAAUUAGAGAAAUUUUUACAAGAAGUUCUCAAAGUGCAUUUUGGCAGCUACGUACUACAAACACUGAUUUAAAGUUUCCAAAGAAGAACAUAUUCAAUGCGCAGAAUUUAUUUAACUUUGCAAUGUUUUUAUAUUAAUAAAUUUCAUAUUAAUGAAUUAAAAAACUUUGCAAUGAAAAUAAGUUUAUCUUACUGCACGCAGCAAAGCCACUUUUAAAAGUACAAAUGAAAACGAACUGUCGCAUGAUUUCCAAGUCUGUGACCCGAUAAUCUGGGUCUCAGUGGUAUUAAAAAGUCCCUUAAAGGUACUUGGGCAUAAUAGCAUGUUCUUCGGUAAAGGCUAGCCUGAAUAAAAUCUAUUUUGUUUUCUUUAAAGGAUCAAGUCUGUUCUCAAUAAUUUGCUUGCUUAAGGCCGCUGAUCCGGAACUGUCCGGAAUCUUGGUUUGUUCAAAAGUUUUGCAAGGAAAAUUGAGAAAAAACUAAGAAAUGCUUAUUGAGAUGAGAUUUCCUGCUGUUAAAUAAAAGUAAUUUACUGAUAUAAGCACAUGUUGCAUAACUAUAGUCUUUAAAUUACUUUUCUCAUUGAAGAACGAAAUAUUU